AUGGGCUCUGUCUGGGGCCUCGCUCUGCUUCUUUUCUUCUGCUGGGAGGCUGGGGUCUCUGGGAGCUCUACAGCAGAGAAUAAGGGGACUCUGACCACUUCCCCUGCACCACAGACGAGAGAGACCCCAACUACUUCCCCCUCAGCAGAGACCACCUCCCUCACAAAGAUAAUAAAUUCCAACUUCAUGGGUGACAUUAUCAACCCUAUGGACACUCAUGACACAAGAGGCAGUCCCAAGGGAUCUGGAACUAGCACAGUUGGGACUAGUAUAGGCAGUGAUCCCACAGAAGUCACCUUUGACACCCUUCCUACUGAGGACAGCUCUGAAGAGGCAAGGAGGAUCGUGAUAGACCUCUUGACACUGGCACACACCUUCACGGAAACUGAAAGCCUAUUCUCAGACAGCAGCUACCCUUCUAAGAGCUCAGUUCCUGUCCUCAGCACUUCUCAGGCCCUGUCACCUGCUGUUCCUAUUCCACCAAAGAUUUUAAUGACCUAUCAUACCACCCACAUUGAGAUUAGCAAUUACAGUUUAACAGAAAUAGAAAUAGAGGCCAUCAUCACUGGGACCUCAGACACAGAUCACAGCCCAACCGAAGUGACAGCCUUGUCCACCUCUGAGACAUCAGCUUUGUCCCCCUCCAGAGAGGCAGACUCACACAUCUCCAAGACCACAGCCUUUGCUGAUGCCUUAUCAAUAGCCAGUGCCAAAGAGCCAGCUAUCCCAGCUACCACCUUUGAAGAUACGCUUUCCACCAGUGACACCACAGAGAGAAAAACAACAGCAACCAAGGCUUCUACCCUGAGUGAAUCGUUGGUGACUGUUAGCAGGAAUCCCUUGGAAGAAACCUUAGCUCUCUCUGUUGAGAUCCCAAGCCAUGCUGAGAUGUCAAGUGUGCUUACAGGCUCCACAGAGGCUGGGUCAGCAGUGGGCAAAGUGACUUCUUUAGCUGGUCCCUCAGCUUCAACCUCCAGCCCCUCAGAAGUAGCUCCCAUCAAGAACUUCACCUACUCAGAGACUUUUGACACAGACAGUACAACCAUUGGGUCCUUCCCCAUCAGCAGACGCCUUCCUCCUUCUGUCCACCUGACUUCAGCCAACAGUAGCAGAGACAGAAACAUCACCUUAGCCAAGGCCACAACCUCACCCAGGACCCCGAUGAAGCCCCCAACAUCUACACCCACCACUGCUUGGGUAAAACAGACCACAGGAGUUAGUGUAGGGACCUUGGGCACCCUGACUACUUCCUCCACAGCAGAGACCACAUCCCUCUCAAAGAUAAUAACUUCCAACCUCACCAUUGACAUUAUCACAAGAGGCAGCCCCACAGGACAUGGAACUAGCACAGUUAGGACUGGUACAGGCAGCAAUUCCACAGAAGUCAUGUUUGACACCCUUCCUACCAGGGUAAGCACUGAAGAGACAAAGAAGAUCAUGGUAGACCAAUUGACACAGGCACAUACUUCCAAGGAAGCUGAGAGCCUGUCCUCAGAGAGCAGCUCCUCUUCUAACAGCUUGGCUCCAGCCCUCACAACUUCACAGGCCCUGUCACCUGACAUUUGGAUUCCAGUUAAGACCUUAGUGGCCUACAGCACCGCCCACAUAGAGCCUACCAAUUACAGCACGGAAAUAGAAACAGCUUCCCCCACCUUUAGGACCUCAGACACAGAUCAAAGGUCAACAGAAGGAGUGACAGCAUUGUCCACCUCUGAGACAUCAGCUUUGCCCCCCUCCACAGAAGCAAAAUCACACAUCCCCAAGGCCACAGCCUUUGCUGAUGCUUCAGAGUCAGCUUCCCCAGCUACCACCCUUGAAGCCACACUUCCCACCAGUUGCACCACAGAGAGAAAAACAACAGCAACCAAGGCCUCUACCCACAGUGGAGCAUUGGGGACAGUUACCAGCAACCCCUUUAAAGAAACCUCAGACCCUUCUGUUGAGACCUCAAGCCACGCUGAAGUGUCAGGCUCAACAGAGGCUGGGUCAGCAGUGGGCAAAGUGACUUCUUUAGCUGGUCCCUCAGCUUCAACCUCCAGCCCCUCAGAAGUAGCUCCCAUCGAGAACUUCACCUACUCAGUGACUUUUGACACAGACAGUACAACCAUUGGGUCCUUCCCCAUCAGCAGACGCCUUCCUCCUUCUGUCCACCCGACUUUAGCCAACAGUAGCAGAGACAGAAACAUCACCUCAGCCAAAGCCACAACCUCACCCAGGACCCCGAUGAAGCCCCCAACAUCUAUGCCCACCACUGCUUCUGUAAAACAGACCACAGGAGUUAGUGCAAGUGGAGAUGGAGGUUUUCUCCUUGUGCGGCUGAGCGUGGCCUCUCCAGAAGACCUCACUGAGCCCAGACUGGCGGAGAGGCUGAUGAAACAGCUCCGCUAUGAACUGCGCAUCCACGUGCCACUUGUCCAGGUCUCCUUACUGCGUGUCAAGAGGGUCUAA